AGUGGUCUAAGGCGCCAGACUCAAGUUCUGGUCUUCGAAAGAGGGCGUGGGUUCAAAUCCCACUUCUGACAAAAACCUUUUUUCUCAGUAACAUUUCUGCCGAGACUUUUUUUUUUUCACAUUGUUUUUCAUCAUCACUUCACUGCCGAUUUUCCAUUAAUUCAUCACUGCCGAUUUCAAAAUUCCUUUCGUUUCUUUUUAGUUUUCACAAUCCGAUUGUUCGAUCAAUCAAUUCCACAUCAUGGCGGCUGUUCGUUCAAUCUUCACUACACUCAUCCGGAAUCAAAUCAGCACGAGAACUAACGGUUUACUGAGGCACUUAUCUUCUUCAUCGGAACUCGUUUACGAUGAAUCGCCGGUUUUGGUUGCCGGAGAAGAAUCCGACGGCAGUGGCAACGGCGGAGAUGAUUUGAAGACCAGGAUUUUCCGGCUGAGGCUGCCGAAGCGUAGCGCUACUAAUGUUAUUGAGAAGUGGAUCAAUGAAGGGAAUCGGAUUAGUGUUCAUGAUCUCCGGAGUAUUUCGAAGGAGCUUCGGAAAUCGCAACGGUUUAAGCAUGCUCUUGAGUUAUCUGAGUGGAUGGUUUCACAUCAGGAGUUUGAAUUAUCUGAUUCAGACUAUGCAAUCCGUAUCGAUUUAUUGACAAAAGUUUUCGGUAUAGAUGCUGCCGAACGUUAUUUCGAGAGUUUACCUCUUAACGCUAAAACAACCGAAUCGUACACUGCUCUUCUACACUCGUAUGCUGCAUCAAAACUAACUUCAAAAGCGGAAGACCUUUACGAAAGAAUGAAAGAAUCUAAUCUUCCAUUAACUGCCAUAACAUACAACGAGUUGAUGACAUUAUACAUGUCAGUCGGAGAGAUGGAAAAGGUGUCUUAUGUCGUUCAAGAACUUAAAAGCCGGAAUGUUACUCCAGAUAUUUACACGUUUAACCUUUGGGUAAGUUCGUGCGCGUCAUCUUUGAAGAUUGACGAAGCACGAAACAUUCUUGAUGAGAUGAGUGCUCAUGAGGCCGGACCGAGUGAGAGCUGGGAAAGAUACGUGAAGCUUGUGAAAAUAUAUCUUACAUCGGGUCAACUAGUCAACUCAGAAGUCAACGCUGUGGUGGAAACGGAAAAGGGUAUUACCCAACGAGAAUGGAUAACGUAUGAUUUUCUUAUUAUUCUGCAUGCUGCUUUGGGAAACAAGAAUACCCUUGAUCAAAUAUGGAAAUCGUUAAGAAUGACGAAACAAAAAAUGAUUAGUAGAAAUUAUGCUUGCAUAUUAUCUGCAUAUUUGAUGCUUGGGCAUUUUGGUGAGGUUGAAGAAGUGAUUAAUCAAUGGAAUACGUCUGCAACAACCGAUUUUGACGUCUCUGUAUGUGAUCGGCUUGUUAUAGCAUUUCGAGAAGUUGGGUUGGUUGAAAAGGCGGAAGCUUUUCGUGUGUUGCUGUCUGAAAAGAAGUGUAACCCGCAAUGAAUUUGAGCUGAAUAAGUUUUUAUAAGGUAAAUGCUUACCGGAUUUAUUUAAUUUUUAGUUAUGUAUACUUUCUUUGAUGCCAAGAGGAAUUGUUAUAACUUAUAAGCGUUAGGUAAUGCAUUAUAACUUGUUAAAGCUGUAUGUCAACAUGGACGUGUUGAUAAUCCAUUUUAAUAGUUAUUAAUAAAUAUUAUGAUGUCAA